UUGUGAAUCACUUCGCCUCUCUCUCUCUCUCUCUCUCCCAUGAAGGAUUCUUCUUUGACAGUGCACAUAUCGAAGGCUUGCAGGCUCUGUUUCGAAGCCUGAGAGCUCAAAGCUUGUGCUAAAUCGUUUCUCAUCCACUUCUAUCAGAUCCUCCUGCUCUACUUAUGCUUGAGGAUUUUGUUAAUGAAAUUUCAUUGUAGAGGGGUGAUCGAUAUGUCGAAUCCAAAAGUUUUCUUUGACAUUCUAAUUGGAAAGAUGAAAGCUGGGCGAGUUGUAAUGGAACUGUUUGCGGAUGCCACUCCUAAAACAGCUGAAAACUUCCGAGCCCUGUGCACUGGGGAAAAGGGAAUUGGAGUAUCUGGGAAGCCUUUGCACUACAAAGGAUCCAAAUUCCAUCGCAUUAUUCCAGAGUUCAUGUGUCAAGGAGGAGAUUUUACCAGAGGGAAUGGGACUGGAGGAGAGUCAAUUUAUGGCUCUAAGUUUUCAGAUGAGAAUUUCAACCUCAAGCAUACAGGGCCUGGUAUUCUUUCCAUGGCCAAUUCUGGACCCAAUACGAAUGGUUCUCAGUUCUUUAUUUGCACUGCGAGGACUUCGUGGCUUGAUGGAAAACAUGUUGUGUUUGGAAAAGUUGUUGAUGGCUACAGUGUGGUGAAAGAGAUGGAGAAGGUGGGUUCAGCGAGUGGGACGACAUCCGAAACUGUUGUAAUUGAAGAUUGUGGGCAGAUAGCAGAGAAUUGAUGCUCGAGUAAUGUUGUGGGAUAUGAUAAACUUGGAUUACUGCUCAAUGUUAUAAACGGUUUUUGUGCUACUGUUGUAUACAACAUACUUGGAUGAUAAUAUGCUGGUUGAUGAUUUAUGAAUUAGCAGUCAAUCUUUCGUUUGGUCUUUCUGUCUUUGGUUGUAAUCUAUCAAUUGAUUCAGUUCAAUUUUCUAAAAUCUGAAUUCAACUGCCCGCUAGGCAAA